AUGGCUUCGGCUAAAUCGUCGCGAUCUAGGGCAUCAGCUCCCUCGGGAGUGAUUUCAUCGGGAUUGCAGCAGCCGAGCGCGACGGAGAGUGGGGUCCAGCUCGCGGAUAAGCUCAAGAUCUUUAAAACUGAUAACUUUGAUCCUGAUGCGUACGUUCAAUCGAAAUGUCAGACAAUGAAUGAAAAGGAGAUAAGGCACUUAUGCUCCUAUCUACAAGAGCUAAAGAAGGCUUCCGCCGAAGAAAUGCGCAGAAGUGUUUAUGCUAACUAUGCAGCAUUUAUUAGAACAUCAAAGGAAAUAUCGGACCUAGAAGGCGAACUUCUGUCAAUUCGAAACCUGCUAUCUACCCAGGCUGCUUUAAUUCAUAAUCUAGCUGAGGGGGUUAAAGUUGAUUCUUUAUCUGCUGGUUCUGAAGCUUCUACUGCUAAUGAUAUAUUAAACCUUGAAGAUAGAGAACCUUCAGAUAUAGAGAAAUGGUUGUUAGAGUUUCCUGAUAUGCUCGAUGUUUUGCUUGCUGAGAGGAGAGUGGAUGAAGCUCUGGAUGCCCUGGAUGAGGCAGAACGCAUAUCUACAGAUGCAAAAGAAAACAAAAAACUCAGUACAUCUGCAUUAGUGUCAUUGGAUUCUGCAAUUGCUGAUCAUCGCCAAAAAUUGGCUGAUCAGCUUUCUGAAGCUGCUUGCCAACCUUCAACUCGUGGUGUUGAGCUCCGUGCAGCUGCAUUAGCUCUUAAAAGGCUUGGGGAUGGUCAUCGUGCACAUAGUUUGCUGUUAACUGCUCAUAACCAAAGACUUCAAUAUAAUCUGCAAACUAUUCAUCCAACUAGCACUUCCUAUGGAGGAGCAUAUACUGCUGCUCUCUCACAGCAAGUUUUCUCUGCCAUUGCACAAGCUGUAAAUGACUCUUUAGAAGUCUUUGGUAAUCAGUCAGCAUACAUGUCAGAGUUGGUUGCAUGGUCUACAAAGCAGACAGAAGCUUUUGCGCAACUUGUAAAAAGGCACGCAUUGGCCUCAUCUGCAGCUGCUGGAGGUUUAAGAGCUGCUGCAGAAUGUGUUCAAAUUGCUGUUGGACAUUGUUCUUUGCUUGAAAAUCGCGGACUAGCACUUACAUCUGUUCUUAUGAAUCUUUUCAAGCCCAGCGUUGAGCAAGCACUUGAUGCCAAUUUAAAACGAAUUGAAGAGAGUACUGCUGCAUUGGCCGCUGCUGAUGAUUGGGUACUUACAUUUCCACCGUCUGGACCCCGCACAUCAAGUAGAACAUCAAAUAUCAAUGCAACAACCCAGCCAAAGCUUUCAAGCAGUGCACAUCGUUUCAAUUCUAUGGUUCAGGAUUUCUUCGAAGAUGUGGGACCACUGUUAAGUAUGCAAUUGGGUGGUUCAACUUUGAAUGGCCUUUUAAGAGUAUUCAACUCUUAUGUAAAGUUGCUUAUUAAUGCUCUUCCUGGUUCAAUGGAGGAUGAGGAAAACUUGGAAGGCUCUGGUAAUAAAAUUGUGAGGAUGGCAGAAACUGAAACUCAACAGUUGGCUUUGUUAGCCAAUGCAUCUUUGUUAGCAGAAGAGUUGCUCCCUAGAGCAGCCAUGAAACUCUCACCCAUGUAUCAGUCCAGCGGGAUGGAUGAUUUUCGAAAAAAAGCUUCAGACAGACAAAACCGGAUGCCUGAACAAAGAGAGUGGAAAAGGAAACUUCAACGAUGUGUUGAUAAAUUGCGUGAUAGUUUCUGCAGGCAACAUGCACUUGAUCUUAUCUUCACAGAAGAAGGUGACACCCAUCUAAGUGCUGAAAUGUACAUAAGUAUGGAUGCAAGUUAUGAACAAGACUGGUCUCCAUCUCCAAUAUUCCAGGAAUUGUAUGCAAAAUUGACCAGAAUGGCAAGCAUAGCUGCAGAUAUGUUUGUCGGCAGAGAAAGGUUCGCUACCUUGCUACUGAUGAGGCUCACAGAGACAGUUAUAUUAUGGCUUUCAGAAGACCAGAGCUUUUGGGAGGAUAUUGAAGAGGGACCAAGAUCUUUAGGUCCUCUCGGCCUUCAACAGUUUUAUUUGGACAUGCAGUUUGUGAUUCUUUUUGGACAAGGCCGAUAUUUAUCUAGGCACGUGCAUCAAGUUAUUAUUGACAUUAUAGAUAGAGCUAUGGCGGCAUUUUCUGCCACUGGAAUGGACCCUGAUAGUGCGCUUCCAAGUGAUGACUGGUUUGUUGACAUCGCUCAAGAAACUAUAAGCAGAAUCAGUGGGAAAGCUAGAAUAGGCAAUGGAGAGAGAGAAGUCCAGAGCCCUACUGCCUCUGUAUCGGCACUAUCUAUGUCAUCAAUGAGAUCUCAUGGGAGUUCAUGAUGCCCAUCAAUUUCUCUUGUAAAGAGGUUACUUGUAUAAUUGCCAGUGAUUCUUUUGUUUGUCAGUUUUGUGUCUUUUGUGUGUGUGUUUUAUUUUGGCACCGAUGUAGGUCUUGAUUUAUUGGAAAAUUAUUCUUGGGGAGUUAAUGAGUCUGUAAAUUAUACUUGGUUUGUGUUCAGUUCAAAAAACUACCCGCACAUACCAUUCUUCGUCUUUCGUAGGCUGUGGCCUUUCGUAACCUAUUGUUUUCGGAUGGUAAUAUAAAGUGCCUUUUAGACCUUGUCUGGUAGACAAACACAAAACAUGUUAUGUGCUUGGUUCCGGAUUGUGAUCAAUGCGUUUGCUUGAUGGA